CCCUUUUUACACUCUACCUAUAUAUAUAUAUAUAUAUAUUUAUAUAAUCUGCUCCAUGUUAAAGGAAUCAGAAGCAGACCCUUUUGAUUUCUUGAGCUCUUUCCUUCAUCAAAGCCAUGAAAGAUUCAGUAGGCUCACCUCACCCAUGUCCAGCAUUGAAGUCAUUAUCUAACAAGGUUGGAAGCUUACUGUGUUUUUGGAAUGCACCAAAGAAGUACAGGAGAUUGGACGCUAAGCUUGAAACAAAAAUGAUUGAGCUUAAAAGAAGUUCAUCAGGGCAGAGCAACUUCAGGUCCAUUAAUAGCAUACUCUUGAAAUUUCCUCAGUUAAAAGAGGGGUUGAAAGAGAUAAAAGGCGUCUUUGAACAGUUCGAUUCAAAUGGGACUAUUGACCGGGAAGAACUAAAGAAAUGCGUAAAGAAGCUGCAAUUUCAUGUUAAAGAGGAGGAAAUUGAUGAUCUUUUCCACUCCUGUGAUGUGGAUGAAAAGGAAGGGAUUCAAUUCAAUGAGUUCAUCGUUCUUCUGUGUCUUAUUUAUAUCUUGAUGGAUUCAUCGCCGCACUCCUCUGACAAUACCUCGAAGAUUGGCUCACCAGAGCUAGAAGCAACAUUUAACACAAUAGUUGAGGCAUUCUUGUUUCUUGAUAAAAGUGGUGACGGGAAACUCCACAAGAAAGAUGUCGUCAAGGCAUUAAAUGAGGCCUCUCCUUGCGAGAAAUCGCCUUCUCAUGUCACUCAGACUCGAUUUAAAGAAAUGGACUGGGACAGGAGUGGCGACGUCAGCUUCAGGCAAUUUCUUUUCGCAUUUCUUGAUUGGGUUGGUAUAGACACAGACGAUGAGAAUCACACGACUAAAACGUAAACGGAGUGCACAAGGCUGAACACAACAACAACACCUCAACCAAACUAGUAGGUAUCGGUUGUAUGAAUCCUCACUAACCAUGGCAAUCUAUUUAAUGAAGGAAUACAAAGUGAGUUCAGACUAGUAUUUGUACAUAUACAAUAGUUCUCUGUAUACAUUCAAGUUCAGUUAUUUUUUAACUUA